CAUCUAUUCGCCUUUUCUUUCGUCUGUUCGGAUUUGGUAGGAAAGACCCCUUCUAUCUUUUACCUUUCCUGUAUUGCAUAAGGACAAAAGGCAGAGGAAGAAAAAGGCAGAGGAAAAAAUGAGCGAAGGAGAGACAAACAUGGAGUGGUGUGUUUCAAUGCCAAAGGUGGAACUACACGCUCACCUCAAUGGAUCCAUCAGAGACUCCACACUGCUUGAACUUGCAAGAGGACUGGGUGAAAAGGGUGUCAUAGUUUUCUCAGAUGUGGAGCAUGUUAUCUUGAAAAAUGACCGUUCUUUACGCGAAGUGUUCAAAUUGUUUGACCUGAUCCACAUUCUUACUACUGAUCACACGACUGUUACUAGAAUUACCAAAGAAGUUAUUGAAGAUUUUGCCUCUGAAAAUGUUGUAUACCUGGAGUUAAGAACCACUCCCAAGAAAAAUGAUUCUAUAGGAAUGACCAAACGCUCUUACUUGGAAGCAGUAAUGGAAGGUCUAAGGGCUGUUAGUACGGUUGAUGUUGCUUUUCCUGCUCAUAACGUGGAUGCUGGAAGUCCUACUAAAUCUCCACCUGUAAAUGAUAUGUGUAAUGGACCAACAAGAAAAAAGAUAUAUGUUAGGCUUCUUUUGAGUAUUGACCGUCGGGAAUCCACUGCAGCUGCAAUGGAAACUGUUAAGCUUGCACUGGAAAUGAAAGAUUUAGGAGUAGUUGGUAUUGACCUUUCUGGAAAUCCUGUUGUGGGUGAAUGGAACACAUUUUUGCCAGCAUUACAGUUUGCUAGAGAACAUGGUCUUUAUAUAACGCUUCACUGCGGGGAGGUACCUAAUCCGAAAGAGAUACAAGCAAUGCUAGACUUUAUUCCCCGGAGGAUUGGCCAUGCUUGUUACUUUGAAGAGGAUGAUUGGAAGAAGUUGAAAUCCAAUAAUAUCCCGGUUGAAAUUUGUCUGACUUCCAACAUCGUGACUGCAUCAGUUUCCUCAUUAGAUGUUCACCAUUUUGCUAAUCUGUAUAGUGGAAAACAUCCAUUAGUCCUCUGCACCGAUGACGCUGGGGUGUUCUCCACCAAUCUUUCCAGCGAGUAUAAUCUCGCUGCUUCUGCAUUUGGUCUUGGAAAGAGGGAACUGUUUCUGCUAGCAAAAAAUGCAAUUGAAUUUAUAUUUGCUAGUGAUGGAGUUAAGCAGGAUUUGAGAAGGACUUUUGAUUUGGCCUCUAAUAAGAUGGAUUUAUGAUUACAUUGCCCUUGAGGGCAUAUAAUAAAGCCUGCUGGUUCAGGUAGCCAGGUAUCAGAACCUUUUGACUUAGUUGAAGCUGCAAAGAUGUUUAAUUUGUAAUCAUGAUGAUAUUUGACUUUGAAACCUUAGCUUGAUCUUGUCAAGUAGUCAUUCCCUGUCUUUGGAUGAUUUGCUAGAUCAUUUUUGGGAUUACAAGUAGCUGUAUGAACAGCAUGUAACUCAGUGAUCUAGGAAGCAAGGAUUGGCAGUUAGACCAUGGCCAUGCAUUUUCAUGGUCAAGAUUUCUAAUAUAUUCAUCUUGAUUUUUCUUUUCAA